AUGACGGAGGUCUCCUCGACCCGACUCUAUCUCGGGAACCUUCCCCGCAAUGUGACUAAACAGGAUAUUGAAGAACACUUCAACACCCAUGGCUCCGGUAAGAUCACGGAGAUCAAGCUAAUGAACGGCUUCGGCUUUAUCGAAUACGAAGAUGCCAUGGAUGCUCGAGACGUUGUACCUGCCUUCCACGGCAGUGACUUCAAAGGCGAACGGCUGACUGUACAGUUUGCCCGUGGACCUCGGCGCAAAGAGAAUUUCCCAGGUCCUACGGACCGCCCAGCGGCUCCUCGGCCACGUCGGACCAUGUUCCGGAUGCAGAUCUCCGGUCUCCCAGAAACAAGUUGGCAGGUUAGCAGCCCAAGCCCAUCCUUCCCUGGAUCUCCCGGACUUCCUUUACUUUCCCUGGCUACCUCUCUGCGUACUCUCCUCAAUGCCCUCCAGUCCGACCUCAAAGACUUCGCUCGUCAAUCAGGACUGGACGUGGUCUACUCCGAGACCGGCCGUGAACAAGGACGAGGGUUUGUUGAAUUCGAAACCGCCAAUGACCUCAAGACGGCCGUGGAAAAGCUGGACCAGCGUGAAUUCAAAGGAUCACAUGUGACCUGCGUUGCGGAUAUCCAGAGCUUUGAAGACCGUCCCUUUCGGGACCCAUACCGGUCCCGUUCCCCUCGCCGGCCUUACCCUCCCAUGGAUGAAUACGACCGUCGAUUUCCUGGAGCCCCCCGUGGAUAUAGUCCCCGGGACCACUACCGUGAACGGUCUCCUAUCCCUAUGCGCCGGGAAUACUAUGAGCGUGAUGGCUAUGGUCGCCGCAGCCCCCCUCGCGCUCGGAUUGAGGACUAUCCGCCUCCCCGUCGUCCGUAUGAGGAUCCCUAUGAUGCCCGACCUCCGCCUCCUCCACGCCACUAUGAUGACCCGUAUCUAGCGGCGCGGCCUUACGGACGCCCCCGUUCCCCCCCUCGAAGUGACUACGUUGCAUAUGAACGUCCUCGUUACUGGUAG